AUGAGUUGGGAUAGUGAAUAUGACAUUGUCUGCAUUGGGUCCGGGGUCGGCGGUCUCUCUGCAGCCUUGACCGGGGCCGAGCAGGGAGCCAGCGUGCUCGUGGUGGACAAGUUCCACCUAGUCGGGGGCGUGACGGCGCUGUCGUCCGGGCAGCUGUGGCCAGGGCCGACGCACGUGUCGGAGGCGGCGGGGAUCGACGACCAGGCCAGCUCGGCGCAAGCGUACAUCGACCAUCUGUCGCAAGGCUUCGCCGACCCCGAACUCCGGCGGUCGUAUCUGGCGGACUGCCGCGGGGCGAUCCAGUACUUCACCGACACGAUCGGCCUGGAGCUGCAGGUGGUGCGCGACCUGCCGGACUACUACUACCCGGCGGUGAAGGGGUCAGCUCCGCAGGGCCGCUUUCUGGAGAUCAAGCCCUUUCCGGCGCGGAAACUGCUGGGGGCGGAAUGGGCGGGCAAGAUCCUGACCUCGCCCUACGGCGACGGUUACAGCUACGCGACCGGUGCCGAAUUCGUCGCCAUGCAGGUCAAGGGCAGCGAGCAUGUCGGGGCCUGCCUGCAGCGCCAUGUGGAGGCCGACGAACGCUGCUGCGGAGCCGGCCUGGCCGCCGCCCAGGUCUAUGCGGCUCUGCAGCGCGGCGUGAAGAUCCAGACGUCGACCGAGGUGGUGGAGCUGGUCGUUGAGGACGGACGGGUGACGGGGGUGCGAGCGAUAGUACGGGAUUCCUCUUCCUCAUCCACUUCUUCUUCCUCCUCCUCUUCUUCUUCCUCUACUCAACGCAUUCGCGCCCGCCGCGGCGUCCUCCUCGCCACCGGCGGCUACGACCUACGACCCGACCUGGUGCGCAGCUUCGACGGCCUCAUCGACGCGGGCAACAUGACGCUGCCGACCAUCACGGGCGACCAUUUAACGCUGGCGGCCACGGUCGGGGCCAUUGCGUAUCCGGCGCACCCGGCGGCGCUGACGGCCAUCUUCGUCGGCUACCAGAUCCCCGGCGAGGUGGUGUACGGCAAGGCCACGUGGCGACUGCAUCUCCCGGGCGCGCCGCACUCGAUCGUGGUCAACGCGCGCGGCCACCGCUUCGCCAACGACUCCUUCUACCCGGACGUGUCGGCCAAGGCCGGCCGCUACGACGGCCAGGAACAGGGCCUGGUCAACUGGCCCGCCUGGCUGGUGUUCGACCAGGAUUUCGUCGACAAGUACAACCUGCUGCCCGCCUACCCGGGCCAGCCGCUGCCGGCGGGUAUCAGCGUCAAUGCUGACACGCUAGAGGGUCUGGCCGCCGUGACCGGCAUCGACGCCGACGGGCUCGCCGCCACGGUGCAGCGAUUCAACGGCUUUUGCGAGACCGGUGUCGACGAGGACUUCGGUCGCGCCUCGCUUCCCUGGGGCACCAUCCUAACCGGCGACUACCGCCUGCCGCAUCCUGGCUUUGCUGCUAUUGCCCGCCCGCCAUUCUAUGCCGUCCAGCUGCAGCGCGUCACCGUCGGCGUGCCCACCGCCGGCCUGCCUAUUAAUCGUGAUGCGAGCGUCCUCACCGCCACCGGCCACGUCGUCCCGGGCCUCUACGCCGCCGGAAAUGCCGCCCUCUACAACGACUGGGGCGCCGGGUAUAAUAGUGGGGUGGCCAAUAUGCGCGGCAUGCUGUACGGCCACAAAGCCGCGUUGCACAUGCUCCAAGACAAGAACGCAGCUGGGUAG